CAUCUUGAAAUCCCUAUCUAGGGUAUAGAGCAAUAAACUUCUUUUACCAUUUGGUGAUCUUCAUGCGCAGUAAACAAUGGGUUUGAAAACUCUCCAAACUUGGAUAAGAUCAUUUACAAAGCACACAGUUUUGUUCAAAAUCACAAAAAGUGAUCAACUCUACAUAAGCAAUAAUUGAUGGUGCAAUGAUUGAAUCCAAUGCGAGUCGGAGUUGCGCAUGGUGCGCUUUGGGAAGGGACGGGACCAACGAGCGCUUGGAUGAGACUCAUUCAGAGCAAAGUCUGAGUCCGACCGGACAUUUGGUGGUCGCGGUGUGCCUCGGAUUCAUCGGAACUUUCGGGUUUCUCAAUAACACGCUCGUUCUUGUCGUUUUUUGUCGUUAUAAAGUGCUCCGCUCGCCCAUGAACUGUUUUCUGGUGAGCAUUUCGGUGAGCGAUUUGCUGGUGUCCGUCCUAGGUACUCCGUUCAGCUUUGCCGCCAGUACGCAGGGACGGUGGCUCAUCGGGGAAGCAGGAUGCGUGUGGUACGGCUUCGCCAAUACAUUCCUGGGAGUUGUAUCUCUAAUUUCUCUGGCAGUGCUGUCUUACGAACGCUACUGCACUAUGAUGGGAACCACGCAGGCCGACUCAACCAAUUACAGAAAUGUGGCCAUGGGUAUUGCAUUUUCCUGGAUAUAUUCCAUGGUCUGGACUCUUCCUCCGCUGUUUGGAUGGAGUCAGUACGGUCCGGAGGGUCCCGGCACCACUUGCAGCGUCAAUUGGACCGCCAAGACAACGAACAACGUGUCUUACAUUGUCUGUCUGUUUUUCUUCUGCCUCAUUCUUCCUUUCAUCGUCAUUGUGUACAGCUACGGCCGACUCUUUCAGGCUAUCACACAGGUGAGCCGGAUCAAUACGGUGGUGAGUCGUAAGAGGGAGCAGCGAGUACUCUUCAUGGUGGUCACCAUGGUAGUGUGCUAUCUGCUGUGCUGGAUGCCCUAUGGGGUUAUGGCCCUGAUGGCAACAUUUGGACGUCCUGGCCUGAUCACACCCGCAGCCAGCAUUGUUCCUUCUCUCUUAGCCAAAACCAGCACCGUCAUAAACCCCAUCAUCUACAUCUUCAUGAACAAACAGUUUUGCAGAUGUUUCUAUGCUCUUCUAAUGUGCACCAUCCCGGUGAGAGGUUCCAGCUUAAAAAAUUCCUCCAAAGUCACCAAAACUCUCAGGACAGUGCGACGUGCCAACGGCCAGAACGUAACAUUUGCUGUAGCCUCCGCCUGCCACCAUACUAACUGUGCUCCAAACAGUGGAGGGCAGAAAAGUUCCUCUGAGGGUGGGAAGCCCUCUCCCGCUGCUGCCCAUGUAACCAACAGACCAGUUGUGUCUCUUGUGACCUAUUACAAUGGCUAAACUUGUACACCCAAACUAUAAUACCUUGAAUAAUGCAAGAAUACAGGAAACUGGAAUCAGGAAUAUCUGGGACAGACAGAUAAACAAUUCAAACAAACCAAGGAGAACAACUGGGAGCGUGUACAGUAGAAUUGAGGGAGGAGACAUGGGUGUGUCUGCAGAGACACACACCCCUUUUUAUAAACUGUAUUCAUGUCCUUGAUUAUUCUAUGAACAGAACGAUGACAUUAUGGCUCAUGGAUAAUUAUGGCUCAAAUUGUGAAGUUUAUUGUUGUUUGUUAAGUGUCCAGAAUGUGAUUUCCGUGGGGUCGGUCUCUCUGUGAAACUAAACAUGAGUUUAUUUUAAUGCAGAAAGUACUGUGGAAAUGCAUUUUGAAUACGUGAAUACACUUUAUUGCUGUGAAAUUAUGUAAUAGCUUUCUCUAUUUUAACAUGUACAAUUGCUUAGCGUUGAAUUGAAACAAUAAAGAAUAUUUCUCAGUAA